GUAUCCAAGUCGAUGAGUAACGCAUGAAGAGUGGUUAACACUGUUUAGGAAACACUGGAAAUAAACACACCGGCUAGGAAAUCACGUGCAUACCUGCAGACGCGGAGGCGGGGGGAGCUCCGGAAACCAGGCGGACAAACUUAAGUGUGAACUCCCUGAAGUCGCAGCCCGAACUGCAUUUUGGCUGCUGCGAAAGGAGGAUACGCCGCUGGACAUGUGAAUACAAGGGGGAUAUUUGCCAAACGCAACGAUGAAACCAACGGCUGCUCUGUGUUGCAUCGAGUUUCUCCUAACUUGCGUCUUGUUUGGCUCAAGCUCGUCGCAGUCAGUAUGUACCGGCACCGAGAACAAGCUGAGCACGCUGUCGGAUCUGGAGCAGCAGUACCGGACCCUGAGAAAGUACUACGAGAAUUGUGAAGUUGUGAUGGGAAACCUAGAAAUCACCAGCAUUGACCGGAGUCGGGAUCUUACGUUCCUCAGGUCCAUCCGAGAAGUGACCGGCUACGUGUUGGUGGCGCUCAACCAGUUUGACUACCUGCCGCUGGAGAAUCUGAGAAUCAUCAGAGGGAACAAGCUGUAUGAGGGUCGCUACUCUCUUUCCAUCUUCCUCAACUACAGACGUGACGGAAACUUCGGACUGCGACAGCUGGGUCUGAAAAACCUGACAGAAAUCCUGAGUGGAAGUGUGUAUGUCGACAACAACAAGUUCCUGUGUCACGCUGACACCAUCCACUGGCAGGACAUUGUUAAAAGUCCAGGGAUCCAUCCCAUCGUGGUGCCGACCAACAGCAGUGUCUCAUGUCAGAGGUGUCACCGUUCCUGUAAUGGCCGCUGUUGGGGACCCAAAGAAAACCAGUGUCAAAGCUUAACCAAGACGGUGUGUGCCGAGCAGUGUGACGGUCGAUGUUACGGCCCCUAUGUGAGCGACUGCUGCCAUCGCGAGUGUGCAGGUGGCUGCUUUGGACCAAAGGACACAGACUGCUUUGCCUGUACGAAUUUCAACGACAGCGGAGCUUGUGUGACCCAGUGUCCUCAGCAAUUCGUCUACAAUACCAUAACGUUUCAGGUGGAACACAAUCCAAGAGCAAAGUACACUUACGGAGCAUUCUGUGUGAAGAAGUGUCCACACAAUUUUGUGGUGGACCAAAACUCCUGUGUGAGAGCAUGUCCCACGAACAAGAUGGAGGUGGAGGAGAACCGCGUGAAGAUGUGCAUUCCUUGCACUGAUAUUUGCCCCAAAGCAUGUGACGGCAUUGGCACUGGCUCUUUGGCAGCGGCUCAGACGGUGGACUCCAGCAACAUUGACAAGUUCGUCAACUGCACCAAAAUCAACGGCAACCUGGUUUUUCUCAUCACUGGAAUAAAGGGGGAUGUCUAUCUCAACAUUGAAGCAUUGGAUCCUGAAAAAUUGAACAUAUUUCGCACAGUUCGAGAGAUCACAGGGUAUCUGAACAUCCAGUCUUGGCCUGACAACAUGACAGACCUGAGUGUCUUCAGUAACCUGGCAACUAUUGGAGGGAGAGCACUGUACAGCGGUAUAUCCCUGCUGGUGCUGAAGCAGCAUGGCAUCUCAUCACUGCAGCUUCAGUCCUUGCAAGAGAUCAGUGCCGGGAACGUCCACAUUGCGGAUAACAGCCAACUCUGCUACUACAACACCAUCAACUGGACGCGGCUGUUCCGCGGCACCAACCAGAAAGUGUUGAUUCGUAACAACCGGAGCCCAAAAGAGUGCUCCAAGGGACGCAUGGUGUGCGACCCGCUGUGUUCAGACGGCGGCUGCUGGGGUGCUGGCCCGGAGCAGUGCCUCUCAUGCCGAGACUUCAGCCGCGGACGGACUUGCGUGGAGAAGUGCAACCUUUAUGAGGGGGACAUUCGCGAGUAUGCCAACGGGUCAGCGUGUGUGGAGUGUGACGCCCAGUGUGAGCGAGCUGACGGUGACUCUUUGACCUGUCACGGUCCGGGCCCAGAGCACUGUGUGAAAUGCCUUCAUUUCAAAGACGGACCCAAUUGUGUGGAAAAGUGUCCAGAUGGGUUACAGGGAGCCAACAGUUUCAUUUUCAAGUAUGCUGAAGCCAACAACGAGUGUCACCCUUGCCAUGCCAACUGCACUCAAGGGUGUAUUGGACCCAGGCUGCAGGACUGCAUCGGAUGGAUGGAUCGAACCCCUCUGAUUGCGGCUGGCGUGAUUGGCAGCCUCUUCAUGGUGGUGAUCAUGGUGCUGGGCGUGGCCGUCUCCGUGCGUAGGAAGAACAUCAAGAAGAAGAGAGCCCUCCGCCGUUUCCUGGAAACAGAGCUGGUGGAGCCGUUGACACCCAGUGGAACGGCACCAAACCAGGCUCAGCUGCGCAUCUUGAAAGAGACGGAACUCAAACGGGUGAAGAUCCUGGGCUCAGGUGCCUUCGGGACCGUGUAUAAGGGCAUUUGGGUCCCAGAGGGUGAAACAGUGAAGAUCCCAGUGGCCAUUAAAAUCCUAAAUGAAGCUACAGGACCCAAAGCUAAUGUGGAGUUCAUGGACGAGGCCCUGAUCAUGGCGAGCAUGGAGCACCCACACCUGGUGCGUCUUCUGGGCGUCUGCCUCAGUCCCACCAUCCAGCUGGUCACACAACUGAUGCUGCAUGGCUGCCUGCUUGACUACGUCCACGAGCACAAGGACAACAUCGGAUCCCAGCUGUUGCUCAAUUGGUGUGUCCAGAUCGCAAAGGGGAUGAUGUAUCUGGAGGAACGCCGCUUGGUCCACCGAGAUCUGGCGGCCCGAAAUGUCCUGGUGAAAUCCCCCAACCACAUCAAGAUCACCGACUUCGGCCUUGCGCGCCUUCUGGAUGUCAAUGAGAAGGAAUACAACGCGGAUGGAGGCAAGAUGCCCAUAAAGUGGAUGGCGCUGGAGUGUAUUCAUUACAGGAAGUUUACGCAUCAGAGCGAUGUUUGGAGUUAUGGGGUCACAAUUUGGGAGCUCAUGACCUUUGGAGGCAAACCUUACGACGGGAUUUCGACCAGAGAAAUUCCAGACCUGCUGGAGAAGGGAGAGCGACUUCCUCAGCCGCCCAUCUGCACCAUCGACGUCUACAUGGUCAUGGUCAAAUGCUGGAUGAUUGACGCCGACAGUCGACCCAAGUUCAAGGAGCUAGCUGCAGAGUUCACGCGGAUGGCUCGUGAUCCCCAGCGUUACCUUGUGAUCCAAGGAGAUGACCGUAUGAAGCUCCCUAGUCCGAAUGACAGCAAGUUCUUCCAGAGUCUCCUGGAUGAAGAGGAGCUGGAGGACCUGAUGGAUGCUGAGGAGUAUUUGAUGCCACACGGCCUCAACGUUCCACCGCUAGCGUACCCGACUCGGACACGAGUGGAACGAAGCAAGAGUCAGUUCGCCGUCCAGGACUCGGGUUACAGCAUGGAGGACAUGCUACCUGCCCACCCGAGAGUGGUGUCCGUGCCGACUGUGACCGGAGGCUGUGUUCCCCCCCAGGACUUGGGCUCAGGGGCCCAAAUCGUGACGGCAUUUGUCCGUGGAAACCAAGAAGACCUUCGCUGUAAUGGCACCCUGAGGAAGCAGGCGUCCCCGCGCUCAAGUGCGCUAGCUUCAGCCCACACUUCAGGACAAGGUGGAUGUGAGGACAGCAAUGGACAGCGCUACAGUGCCGACCCCACUGGUCAUCUGACUGAGCGCGGAGCUAAAGGAGAAAAGGAGCAGGAUCCCUACUCCACCAUCCUGAGGGACAAGAUCUCAGAGCUCAGCACCGUCGAGGAAAACCCGUUCAUAGCCCGCCGCAGGAACGGCGACGCCCACGCCGUGAUUGAUGGAACAGGAUGUCACACUCUCCACAAGUCCGGGGCGGCGGCCGCCAUGAGCCAGUCGUCGCAGAGGAACGAUGAAUAUAUGAACGAGCCACUUUACCUGAACACCUUUCUCAAGGCCGGAGACAAGAACGGACUGGCAGAUUCUGCGUCCUUCUCCGGUCCUGGGACCUCAGCUGCCCAAUCUGCAUCCAAAACAGUCAACCCAUCCAGCCACAUAGUCGCCUCCUCUGGAUAUGUGAUUUCCCCCAGUCAGCUCCACCACACAUCGUAUCCAUCACACACCUUGCAUCCUGGACAUUCAGGGCAUGCCCUGCACUCAGGCAUCACCAGUGGAACCAUCAUGAAAACGAAGAAGGCUACGUUUGACAAUCCAGAGUACUGGCAGCACAGUUUACCCCCCAAAUCCUCUCUGCACAACCCGGAGUACCUGCAGGACUGCAGCACGCGCUUCUUCUACCGGCAGAACGGACGCAUUCGCCCUGCUGUUGCGGAGAACCAGGAUUACUUGUCUGAAGCCGCCAUGAAGGCCGGCAACGUGCUGCCCCCACCGCCGUACAGACAGAGAAACACUGUGGUGUAGUGACCCACCUGCAGCACAAAGGGGUGUUAGAAUGAAUCAGCCUUGAACAGUCCUUAUUUUCACCCAGUGUGUCUCAAAAUUGGCUUCUCUUCACAGCCUCUCUGAGCACUUUGUCCGUCAUGUCUUAUUACAAGUCUUUUAUUCACACUUCCCGGCUCCUCCUUUUACCUACAAUGACAGGCACACUUGACUCCAAACCUGCUUUUAUCACACUUCCUGGCAAAAAAAAAAACCUUCCUGCCGAGGCCCAGUUUCCCAUUAAAGUCAUGGCAGACUCUCAAAGCAGAUAUUUAAAAAGGGUAAAGGAGACGAAGAGAAAUAAUAUGAUACUCUCUUUCAUUGCCUUUGGGUUCGUGUUUGGCAGUGAUGGGCUGAUGAGGCUCCAUGAAAUAGUGUCCUGCUUUUCAAUAGGUGGCGCUCUCUUUUCAAAGAAUUGAAAUGGUUAUUCAAAUCCAAGGAGUUUAGAGCAGAGAGUGCCAUAUAUAAUGGGCUCUGAAAACGCUGUUUCAUGAAGCCUCACAGUGUUUCACUGGUGUUCCAUUGAGCGCUGCGUAUUAACUCAUGCUAGCAUUAUUAGCAUUACCAUUGCUGUUCAAAUAGCAUUUUUAAUUAUGGUGUCAUUUUGUUUCGUAGCAGCACGAUGAGGCAGCGGCGAGUGCUGCGGGUUGCUUCAGGCAUUGUUUCUUACUUUAAAUUUUCAGUGUAGGUAGAAGUUUUAUCGUAGAACAUUAAGAUCUAGAUGUAGUUUUAAGUCAGAAUCUGGCUGAAGAGCGAAACGUCAAACAGCUACUGUAUAGACCCGGUCAGAAUUUACAAACAUUGAAGACGUAAGAUCACAUUUCUGCAUCGAAAGUAUGGCAAAGUACAGGCGUUUCUCUCAAGCUAUGUGAGAAGGCUACCGACAAAAGACCUCCAAUUUUAUCAGGGAAAAAUUCAGACAGAUGAAACCCGAAUUAGAUCUUAGUCCACGAUUUACUGUAGUCCAGUAGUGCCAAAAUGCCUGCACAUAUUUUAUGAAGACCGUAAAUAGGGUAUUGUCUACAUAGUGGGAUAGUUAUUGUGAAGUCAAAAAGUGGUCCAUAACAACAUGUAUAUACCCUGAUUUUUCAAACACUUUUAACAACUCAAUGAAGUGUACCACUACUAUGAGACGUGAACUGAUCUUAGGGACCAGAGCAUUCCAUCUAAAAUUUUACAGCUGUGACCAAAUGUAGAGCAAUAAACUUGAGCGCAGUUUUAGAUAGCAUUUUCUCUUGAAUUUGGGCUUCAUUGUUUGCUUGUCAUACACUGGAUAAAACGCUAUCGUUUCAUAGUGUCUUCAUUUCUGAGGAAUUUUUGUGAAUGCAUCCAUGACACCUGGGCGCGUAGGUUUAAUGGCAGCUGUGGAAUGUGACCAAAAAAAAAAAAGCUUCAGGAUGUAUCUCAGUGGAAAUAUAUAUGAAGCUAAAUUUCUGGCGGAAAAAACCCGCUGAAGCCUUCCGCCAGAAACAGUCACAAGAGUCUUUUAUCGUUCUUUUUUUUUUUUUUUUUCAAAAUGCUAAUUCAUCCGCUUUUCCUUGUUGUUCUGGAGGGAAAUCAUGUUCCCCAACAGCUCACGCGGUGCUCUGGCUGAGGGAACCUGAACGACAGGCAAUAGGAUGUAAUCCCGCAGCAGCGCGUAUUAGCAUUCCACAAAUGCUACCACGCCAAUGCAUCAAUGUUACAAAAGCCAGCAGGGGAACAGGUGUUAGUGCGCCGUUGUUUGCUGUGGAGACCAAGGGUGACUGCCGUUGAUGCCAUUUUUUUAUUUAUUUCACUGGCAGAAUGUAGAGUUGUAUGCAGAAAACACUGGAUUUUGAACGCAGCUACAUCUGAAAUGGUUGCAAAAGCAAUUUAUAAAGGAGGAAAGGGUUUAGGUCAGAGAGGUGAACUCAACAGGUGGUAUGAGAAUGAGGUGCUAUCAUAGUCAUCUUGUCUUUGUGUAACUGAAAUUGAUUUUUUUUAAAAGGCAAGAGCACCACCGACUGACCUAUGAAAAUAUGAACAGUGUUUCAUGAAGCCGCAUAAUUUUUUUUUUUUUAAACUUCCCGCCGAGGCCCAGUUUCCCAUUAAAGUGGUGGUAGACACCCAACGCAGGUAUUCUAAAAGGGAAAAGGAGACAAAGAUAAAUAAUGAUACUCUUAUUAGUCAAGUCUUUCAUUGCAUUUGGGUUAGCGUUAAGUAGUGAUGUGCUGAUGAGGCUUCGUGAAACAGGUGGUAUUACAAUGGAGCACAAGGGAAUGUGUUACGUCACCUGACUCAUCUUGUCUUUCUGUAACUGAAACAAUUUAUUUAAAAAAGCCAAGAGCAGCACCUACUGACCUCUGAAAAUAAGAACACUGUUUCAUGAAGCCUCAUCAGAGAUCUUUUCCUUGUGACUAUGAAUUCUGAAAUGAAAGUGCAUUGGGGGAGAAAAUGCUAAUUAGCUUAUUUAGCUGGCAAAAAACUGAUUCAUCGAACUUGAGCGUAAAUUCAGAGACAGGAAGUGUCAGUGCAAAUGGUUUUUUUUUAACACAAUUGUGUUUCCGAGAAAUGAUCAAAGAAGAUGCCAAAGCUUCAGUUUCCAAUAGUAUUUGUGCACCUUUGGCGCCUUUGAUGUAUUACUGACUUAACUGGAUAUUUCUCGUGUGAUUAAAGUAAGUUUUGAUUUAUUAUUAUUAUUAUUGCUUUUAUCUUAGAAUUGGCAUUUUCCUUCGAAUAAAACCCAUUGAAAUAAAAUGAACAAGAAGCAGAUGUUAGAAGGUGAGUGGAUGUGGUCAUGAGAUGAUCUCUGGCUUUGUUGAACCCAACUCAUGGUCUACUAUCAAGAGUUGUGACAGAGUUAGGAAUACUCUGAAAAUGUGGUUAAGCAAAGGAAAAAUGGUUAAUAAUAGGUCACAUUCAUGGAGAAAAUUGAAAAAUAGAUUUUCACUUCUUGUUUACUGGAGGAAUACUUCUCAUUCCAUCAGGUUUAAUUUCCAUUUUGAGACACGCAAACUCUUGAUUAAGUGUGUCUCUGUUUAUAUGCAAAGUGGUGCCCGAGUAAAUCUGACCCCCUGUCAUUCUUGGACUUCUCAUAUUGGAUUCUCAUGGCGCUGCCCACUACUGAAAUCCUUGUCGUGAUUUAUCAUGAAAAUAAGCCACUGUUCAACUGUUUGAACAGUCAAAAAUAAACCGGUGAAUGUCUCAUUGAACUGCAUCGACUGCAUCUAUUUGUUUGGGGAAAAGGAUCAUGAGAAUCCAAGUGACUUCAGGAUGCAUAUCAAAUAUUCCAAGAAGAAGUGUCGAAAACAAUACUUUUUUUUAAUUUUUUUAUUCAUGCAUAAAAAGUGUGUCAAAGAGUUCAAACGUUUUUGCAGUGACGGGCAUCUUUGGAUCAGUCAGCUGAAUAAGAAAAAGAGCCAUUUCUUUUGAAGAAAUUUUGAAGGAUUUGGUUUCUUAGAUGUUUAAAAAUCCUAUGUUUAAACAAAACCUCUGGAAAGAUUUUGACAGCAUCCGUUUUUAAAUGACCAGGCUCCUAUACACGUGCCCCACGGAGGCCUCAGACGAAACACAACUUCAGCAUUCACAAACCCCGAACAACGCAGAACUCAUUUCCAUGACGUCACCGUUUGAGCCACAGCAGCAAAGACAGACACUGUAAAAUACCCCCUCGUGGACCUCUUACAUGAACACUAGACUGUGCCCUGGCGAGGACUUUUGGAAGUGGUUGAGCAAGCACACUUUGUAAAUGAACAAAUGGCUGGUGAAACUGGACAUCAAAAUCAAAAGCUGUUCCUUUGAUACACAAUAUCACGCUCAUCAGCUGUUUGACAAUUGUACAUAAUAAAAUACUGUAAAUAAUAUUUUUAUAAGUCUUCAACACCUUCAUUUGUGAAUACUCCUUCAACUUUUGUCUUUUCUUUGCACAUUUCUGUGGUCCUCUGUACUGCUGUCUGUAUAUAAGCACACACUGUACAUAACCUAUACAGUACACAUAUACAGUAUAUAUUCUGUAAGUUAAAGAGUGUACUUUUACAAUGCUUGCAGGGUUUCGUUCUGCCCCCCAAAACUAGCCUCCCCUUUGUGAUUGUGUUUUUCACCACAACCCUCUCGCACACAUCGUGGAAGUUUGAUGUUAUCCAUGAUAAUCUUCAUGUUUAUAUACCUUGUAAGGGUUGUUUUAAAAUGCAUCAUUUUUACAGAUCAUUAUUGAGGCUCAUGCAAUAACCAUGAAGUUUUUUUUUUUUUUUUAAUAUUGCUAUUUCUGUCAACGUGUGUGCCUGAAAGACCUGCUUUUCUCCCGAUAAAUUAAGUUGCAUUUAGAAUAAGCUUAUUCACAUUAUAUUCAGAUCAGAAUCCUUCUGGAUCGAUUUAGUGUGACCCAUUGGUUCCUUCGAAAACACUUCGGUCCGCAACAAAAAUAAAAAUGGCAACUUGUUUUUCAGAACGCUUUAUAAACGCCCCAACUCCGGGAACUGGAGAGUCCUUCCACCAGCAGCGAAAGUUCUGCCGCACUACAGUAUCUUUCAUUGGUGCUGUGAGGCGUAAAGAUGCGACAACUUGAAGUGAUUUAAGAUAAAAUAUAAACUUCAGCCACAUCCAUGUUUACAUGCGCCGAGGGCUAUAGAUGAUGAACACGUCCAUCUUAAAAAUCACUGACCCUCCAUGCAGAUAGGUGGCAGUGUGGCCUCUUUUUCACUUCUGAGUCAUUCCAGUCAGGUCAAGAUGUCAGUGGAUAAAAGACCCGCUCAGAGUUCGGAGGCAAUGAUGACAAAUGCGUGCGACGACAGAAGUAUCGGUCUUCGUGAGAGAAUUUGCUACAAAAGAUCGCAACUCUUUCACACUCGGAACUUCGGUGCUUUCUAUCGAACCAGCCCACGUUCAGACCGGUUUAAGCAGAACCAAAGUGGGAGGGCACUGACAAGUCUCACUCAGGUGGAAGUGAACAACACACCAGUAAAACAACAAGUCGCUCCGAUAUUCUGCAAACGCUUGUUGCUUCACUGGGACUCUUUGUUUUCAUCCAACAAUUAAACAUGCGAUGGCUUUUGAUGAUGAGGAGACGUAGUAGUAGUUCAGAAUUUGCUUCAAGGAGUCACUGACAGAUGAAAAAAAAAGAAUCCCAGACCCCUACAACGACAGUGAGAGUUGGACUGUAGUUUACUGAACAUGGGUCCAAUGGUUCAUCAUUUUUUAACUUACACAUCUAAAUAGAUGGAGAUAUCAGUCACUACCAUGGUCAAAAUCCGGCAUUUGUUUUUUUCGAAUACAUGGUCUGUAAAUGGAUCUAUGGAAUCUGCAAAAGGUUUCUGUCUUGAACUUAACUUCUCCAUUUCCCAUCUUACUGUAACUGCUGAAACUGAUGUUCUUGGUGAUCUAGAAUUGCAACAACGGCCGUAUAACUAUGAGUUUUACCUGUAAAGUUUGCUUUCAAUGUUGUUCAUGCUGUGGUCGGAAUUGGGACAAAACACACAUUCUUCCUGAUUUCAUGCCUAAGCUGACAAGGUUAACCAUGAUUUGCCCAGAAAUUGGACAGUUUCAUGAUCGCACUUGAGCACACCCUCGCGCACGCACGUCAUGUCUUGUAAAUAGGAGGUUCAAAGGCAGCUCAGUGUUUUGAGCGCCACAAUACUGUAGAUUCAACUAAUAAUAGAAACUGUGACUUUUGGUUCCUGUUCAUCUCAUAACCAACUUCUGAAUUAAUGAAAUGUCUUUUUUGUACAUUGCCUUCGAGGAAUCUGAGGGACUUUGUACUGUAUGAACUUUGGCACACGUUUGAUGGUGAUUCUGUCUUUAAACAUUAUGAAAUAUCCCGCAAUUCCCUUUGUUUUAGUGGUUGUAUUUCCCCAUGAAAAGUUUGGUUUCUCCUAGAAUUCAGAUGAUGAACCAUUAGGAAUUAACUGUCUGGGUCAUCAUGUCUGUUCCUCUCCAACUGGUCAUCUGGCACAUCUCCCGAAGUAGAAUAUUUAAGUGCGUAUUGCCUCUGUUUUGUUAUAUGAAUCUGUCAAAACUAUAUUUUUAACUCA